AUGCGGGACAGCUCGCUCAAGCGUUCUCUGGGGGUGGACCUCACGCGAUCCAUCAAGGAGUCUCGCGUCCUCCUUGUUGGCGCAGGCGGCAUCGGCUGCGAACUCCUCAAAAACCUCGUCCUGACCGGGUUCGGCGAAAUCCACAUUAUCGACCUGGAUACAAUCGACCUGAGCAACCUCAAUCGCCAGUUCCUCUUCCGAAAUGAACAUAUCAAGAAGUCGAAGGCCUUGGUUGCGAAGGAGGUUGCGCAAAAAUUCCGCCCAGACGCCAAACUGGAGGCCCACCAUGCCAACAUCAUGGAUCCCCAAUUCAACAUCUCGUGGUUCGGAUCUUUCACAUUGGUCUUCAAUGCCCUGGACAACCUGGCCGCACGGCGCUACGUGAACAAAAUGUGUCUCCGCGCUAAUGUGCCUUUGAUUGAGAGUGGAACUAUGGGCUUCAAUGGCCAGGUCCAGGUCAUCAAAAAGGGAGAAUCAGAGUGUUAUGACUGCAACCCAAAAGAAACCCCGAAGUCCUUCCCCGUGUGUACAAUCCGCAGCACGCCCAGUCAGGCUAUUCACUGCAUUGUCUGGGCCAAAAGCUUCCUCGUGCCGGAGCUUUUCGGGAACAGUGAAGACGAAUCAGACGAGGUAGACAACACCGAGAAUGCAGAAAAUGCCAAUGAAGUUGAGGAGCUUCGCAAAGAAGCGCUGGAAUUCAAGGCCUUGCGUGAAUCUAUUGGCACUGAGGAAGGACACCAACAAGUAUUCGACAAGGUCUUCAAAGCAGACAUAGAGCGGUUGCGUGGCAUGGAAGACAUGUGGAAGACAAGAAAAGCGCCAGAGCUACUUGAUUUGGUGCAGCUGCAAGAGCAGUCUGCAUCUAUUGAUAGCGCGAUUUCUACGAAGGACCAGAAGGUUUGGUCUUUGGCAGAGAAUUUUGCUGUAUUCAAGGACAGUUUCAACCGUCUUAGCCAGCGUCUCAAGGAACUUCAAGCAGCCACUACCCCAGACCAAGCCCCUCCCAUCUUGACUUUUGACAAGGAUGACGUGGACACCCUUGACUUUGUGGCAGCGGCCGCUAAUCUCCGAGCCGCUAUCUUCCAUAUUGAACCCAACUCUAAAUUCGAGAUCAAACGCAUGGCUGGAAACAUCAUUCCUGCUAUCGCUACCACUAAUGCCAUGACGGCGGGACUGUGUGUUCUCCAAUCAUUCAAAGUAUUACAAAAUGACCUAGCUCAUGCUAAAACGGUAUUCCUCGAGAGGUCCGGUGCUCGAGCGAUCAAUUCUGAAUCAUUGAAACCACCAAACCCCAAUUGUCCGAUGUGUUCAUUUGCGCAGGUUCGCGUGGAGAUUGACCCUCGGCGUGCAGAGUUCAAGGAUCUCGUUGAAAUCCUCGAGAAUGAUCUGGCUUAUACAGAGGGACUCUCUCUUUUCUUCAACGAAGUGGGGAUCUACGAACCUGAUUAUGAUGACAACUUGACGAAACCAUUUUCACACUUUGGAAUCUCGAAUGGGGAUGUCCUUACGGUGAUGGAUGAAAAAGAUGAGGACACGCGGGUCAUUCUUGACGUCUUGAUUCUUGAAAGAACCGAGUCGACCUCUGCAGACUCUAAGCCCGCCAAGCUGCUGGAGAUGGUCGAGAUUCCCUCGAAGCCAAAGCCGCCAGUUGUGCCCUCGCCAGAGAUGAAACAGCUGUCUAUCAGUGCAUCUACCGCUGAUGGAAAGCCUACUUCUGACGCUGCUGCCAUAGACGACACACUUGUCACCGGUAAGCGCAAGCGCGAAGGAGAAGAUGAAGGUGGCGACAGAAGCCCAGGAGGUUCCAACGAACAUAGCGCCAAACGCCCUGCUAGUAGACCUAUAGUUGACAGCAGUGAGCCCAUCAUUCUGGACGACGAUGACGAGGAAGGAAUCAUCGAGCUUGACGACUAA